AUGAAGAGAGAGAUCAGGAAAGUUCCAAAAUGGGGAAACAAGGGAGCGGUGAGGAUGGAUGCCAGCAGGCAACAUCAGUGUGGCGGCCGGGGUGCCCCAUCGCAUUCUUCGCCACGUGUUAACACUUCCUCCGUGUCCGCCAUCCUCUCCCUUAUUUAUAUCUCUCAGCCAUCUGCUGAGAAUCAAUGUAUCAACGCCGUGGGGCUGCUUCCGGUGCUGGUCAUCAACACCGUCGUACCAGUGGCUCUCCUGAAGAACAUCCUCAGGUCUCUUCUCCAACUGGUCGGUGCCGCCUGUGCCUAUUCUACUGACCCUGACGACGAUGACCAAUGCUCUGUUGCCAGAAGGAGGGUGUCCAUUACUCAGUACAAGUUCAUGACUGACUCCGCCAUGGCGGACUGCUGCGUCUGUCUGUGUGCUUUCCAAGGCAGCGAAGAGGUGAGUGAGCUGUCUGGCGAGCAUUUCUUUCACACAGCUUGCUUGGACAAGUGGUUCCUUAACAGACACACCACGUGCCCUCUCUGUCGUUCCGCUUCUUAGCUCACCCUUCUGUCUCUGUAUUUCACGUCUAGCUUUUCAAACGACAUUACACCAACUUGCGAGACUGUCGAUCGCUUCUGGUUUGUUUUCCAUGUGCAUCUCUAAUCCUCAACAAAUUACCAUGCUUAGGACUAUGAGUCGUUGCGAGUGGGUCUCAGCUACCUCGUCUCAAUACGUACUUCCUCAUUCUGUGUGAAGAAUGCUGAUUAUUUUAGGAUUUGAAUAUUUAGAAAAUGUCACCGUAGUAAAACGCAACCUUUGUGAUGUUUAACCGUGAUGCCGCUGUGUUUUAUCUAAUUAGUAGCUGAAAGCAACUCUUCUUUCCAUUUGUAAGGUUCAAUUUUUGGAUUAAUAUUUCAUUUUACUAAAAUUAGUUUUAAAUCACCCAAACAGAUAAACAUGAAAAGUAUAUCUGGAGAAAAUCUCAUUGGGUCUUCGAGCAUCUAAUUGGUGGCUACAUACAUGAAGAGAAGUAGAAUUAUUACAUGUUACGCUGAUCCUAUAAUAACAAAAUUCUUUGUUUUACCCGAAACAUGGACAGUACAGUGCCGCAAUAAAAUUAAAGGUACUCGCAUAAAUGCCUAAAAGCUUUCCUUGCGGUCGUGCAAAUGAGUGGUCUCUAUCUUCUUACCUCAUAUAACUGCAUGA